UCACUUGCGUUUUAUCAUUUGCGCAAGAAUUGCACAUAUGAGCAUCUAGGACAGUACUCUAGCAGCAUUUUCAAGCGAUUGCACCGCUGUCCUAGCAGAAGCUCCAAGCAAGAGUCCACCGUCCAGCUCCAGCGAUUGAGAAAAUGAGAGAAAAAAUUCAUCUUGCUGGAUCAUACGAAGAGGGGUCCCGCUCUGCUAGUCUGCUGUCGGCUUGGAGCUCUGGCUUGUCGGGGAGUAGCUCGAGCUUGUCCCAACCUGCGGCCUGGAGCUCGUGGGGGAGGCACGCCGUGGAGACUAGAGCAACGACAGGUGAUAGUCCUGAAGAGUUUAGUGUCGAGGUUCAUCAUGGUGGAGGCUUUAUCGGAUUUGGGCACUUGAGGUUGUAUGUGGAUGGAAAGGUUAGUUGGUUUGAUCAUUGUGAAGCUGACAGCUGGUCAAAAUUCUGGCUCGAUGACAUGCUUGAGAAACUUGGUUAUCCAGAGACCCCAAAUUUGAAAUAUUACUGGCUGCUACCAGGGAAGGAUUUAUCUGAUGGGUUGAGAAUUAUUAUUGGUGAUGCAGACACCAAUGUCAUGUGUUCAGUGGUUGAUAGGAUUAAGAACUUGGUUGUGUACUUUGAUGGCCUACCCAGACUUGAUAAAACCAAUCUUAAGUCGACAAAGAAGAAUUCUACCACAGGUACACUCUGGGCAACUUGGAAGACAAGGAACAACAUGGUUUUUGAAGACAAGUAUACGAAGAACCCCAUGGAGCUAAUCUACAAGACAAGAACACUUCUCCUGAGCUGGAAGGUGCUCCUGAGGCAAAAAGACUGGGCUUCACUGGAUGAGCUUCUCCAGGAGCUGCUGUCUGCCUGUGCUUAGCUCUAGCGUUUCGUUGGUUAAGCUCUCUUUUGGUUUCCUCGCUGGAUAGAGUUAGCUUCCCUUGUAAUAUUUGACUCAGGACCAUGUGCUGGUGUGAGCUAUGACUUUGUGCUUAAACGUUUGCUGGUAACCCCAGCCGAUCGACCGAUUGUAAAACGCUAUAUGCUUUCUAUAAAGCCGGGUGUGAUGCCUUUGGUCGAAAAAAAUGUUCCAAAAAA